UGUAAAAAAUAUCAUAUAUAUAUAUAUAGCUGUGCAUAUGUGUGUAAAUGAUAAAGCUGUGACCUCAAACACUGCCACAAUUGUUGCAACAGGUGUCUGCACUGAGAAAGAGAAAGACUGGCGUGUCUAAAAACACCAGCAUCACAGUCACAACCAUCUCAAACUUCAGCCUUCGAUUGAUUAUAUUCUUAUCUCAUUCCUGUCCCCAUGUGCAUGGCGACCCAUUGAUAAUUUCCAGCAUGUCCGCUUCACACUUGCACAGGCCCGGCCAUUGUCGGAGUUGACCUUGUCGACUGAAGCGCCAUUACAUCUCAAAUCUAAUCUGAUUCCCCUAAGUGGAUAACAAGCAUGUCUCCGGCAUUUACAGUAGUGAGAAAGCCCGACGUGAAACCACACAAUCUGCCGUCACACAAAGCAGAUGUGGUGUGUAUCAGUUCUGGCAUCCCUCCUGCUACCCGUAGUGGAAAAAAAAAAUCCUGAUUGGCUAACAACUACCAUCUUGUUCGGACCCCGGAGACGACAGAUAAGAACUCGCAGUCAUUACUGACAAGUUGAGUAUUGUGAUGAGCCUGUUCUUGCUUAGGUGGACGACUGGUGAAUGAGGGCAGCUAUAGUUUAGCUGACAAGGUGAAUAUAAUGCUGACUUUUUAUAUAAAGCUGGUAGUCGCUGCGUUGUUGCUUAAAGUCUGAAAACAUAACAUCGGAGAAACGAUGUAACUAUAAACUUGUACCUAUUUAAACACUGAAACCCUGCACUCUUAUUUUACUGAAUUCAUUUAGGGGUUAUGCUUCGAGUCUCGCAUUAAAUUGUUACUUGACUUUAUGAAGAGCCACAGUUAAUACAGCGUCAGUAGAUGCAAUUCCGCUCACAAGUCACACCUGUUUUUAUGCUAAGGAAAUGAGCUUUUAAAGUGACAUCAUGAUUAGGGGAGCCAACGUGGAUAAGGAGGACAAGAUAAUUCUUCCUAAAUAUGACUUUUUCCUUCCGUUAUGUCAUAUAGCACAGUCUACUGAAUCGGCUGCAACACCCACAUGUUCUUAUCUAAAUGUAUUUUACUGCCGGCUGAUUAGCGGAGGCCAGUCAUGGAAAAGUUUAGUCAUAAAAUGCUUCCGAUGUGAUCACAGAGCAAAGUGAAUAAAACAUUUACAGAAGGAAAUUGGGGGUAAUAGACAAUAGGCAAGAUUAACUUUCUAAAAAUAUUUGCUAUAACGAUACUUCAGUAGUAUUAGAUUCACAUAAUGAGAUAUUUAUAUAAUAGUUAUUACUUUCUACAUGAGGGGGGAACACUCAACAGGCCAUAAACUGAUAAAAGAAAGUCUAACAAUGAACUUCUUUAUGAGCUAGUAAGCAAAUUAGACAUUUUUAGGUGACAUGCUCCUCCUGCAAAAUAGCCUCAAACUUACAGUAAAAAAAAAAAAAAAAAAUGCCUCAAAACAGUUUUAUUGCACUUAUUGUUUGGGGAAACUAAUAACACAAAACUGUUUACAUUGAAAUCACUCAAUGAAUGGAAAGGCAUGGUUAAAAAUGGCAUCAGCGGAGUUAUUUAAAACCCCCCAGUGUGGAACAAGGGUCGAUUGUGCUGCCACAACCCCUGAAGCAGCCAGCAGAGGACACUGGGAGCUGAGCCCUGAUUGGUCACUAGGACAGAAAAGGGCGGUCCCAGUGAAUUAGUGAUAGAGGCUAAAGGCAGAUAUCCUGCAGUGAUCAAACCCUGGGUGAUCUGACAGUCCAGUGUUUGAAGUGAUUAUCAUGCUACGCAACACAAAGGGUUACCCCCAGCUUUGGGCCUAAUUAGUUCACUUAGGGCCCCUUAUAAGACACUGGUAGGGGACUGGCGAGCACAGACACUCAGAAGUCAGCCGAUUAAGCAGGACUGCUGCAGCAGAUCUGGAUCCCUCGAGCUGACCUGCUGCGACAUCAAAACAAACCAUCUCGAGCACUCUCUGCCUUUCUGAGAAUGCCACAUUUAACCGACUGCAGUUACUACAUGAUGCGGGACGCGGCCAGAGCUUCAAAUGUACAGAGCCACCUCGAGAACUCCAAGUUCCACCUCCACCAGAGCCAGAGUCAGCAGGUCAAGCAGUACCUGACGCUGGCCUCAUCGACCGGGCAAGUCCACGCUCUGCCUCACCCGCACGCCCCCGGCCAGCCGCUGGCCACCAUGCCCAUCAUGAGGACCGGGAACAUGCCCUCUGUCAGCGACAGUAGCAGCCCCACCAGCCCUGUUACCCUGCUCACUAUGGCCAGUCACGACAGUGAGUUUCCAAUGGAUGAAGUUAUUGAUGACCUAAUUAGUCUUGAAUCCGGCUUCAAUGAUGGAGGCCUGGAUUGCAUGGAGCCUAACAUCAUAAUGCAAAGCAAUGUAUCCCUCAGUGGCAGCAUGCUGGACCUGUAUGGGGGUGAACAAGGUAUGAACGCCCCUAAUGGCGGAAUGAGUCCCACACCUAACCCCACAAAGCUCACUGUAAAAAGGGAAUACACAGAGCUCGACACAAGGGUGAUGGCCAAAGAGAGACAGAAGAAAGACAACCACAACUUGAUUGAAAGGAGGAGGAGAUACAACAUAAACUACAGGAUAAAGGAGUUGGGGACACUGAUACCGAAGUCGAACGACCCAGACAUGCGCUGGAACAAAGGCACCAUCCUGAAGGCCUCAGUGGAGUACAUUAGGUGGCUGCAGAAGGAGCAGCAGCACGCGAGGGAGCUGGAGAGCCGGCAGAAGAAGCUGGAGCAAGCCAACAGGAGGCUGCUGCUGAGGAUUCAGGAGCUUGAGAUCCAGGCGCGAGCACAUGGUCUCCCAAACAUGACUACAUCCCUGGGGACAGUUGAAUUAUCCUCCCACCUCGUCAAACAACAACAGCAGCAACAACAGUCACCUCCCCAGGUCCAGCAGCCUCCCCUGUACCAGGAGGACCCCAACAGUGACUACCUCCAGAGGAUCCCUACUGCCGCCGGGCCACAGGAUCACAUCACCGGCACCGACGGCUGCACAUCAUUCUCCGACCCACUGUCCCACUUCACAGACUUCUUCAGCGCCACGCUCAAGGAGGAGCACCGGCUGGACGAGAUCCUGAUGGACGACCCGCUCUCACCGUUCGGCGCCGACCCGCUCCUGUCGUCCGGUUCCCCCGGAGCCGCGUCCAAGGACAGCAGCCGCCGGAGCAGCUUCAGCUCCAGUGGGGGGGGCGACCUAUAAUGGGGGGCCCCCUCUCUCUUAAAAAGACUGCCUCGUGGCACUGGACAUACAAUAUUGACCACUUCACAUUCAAGUCAGGUCAAGUGCCACCUGGAUAUAACCUGUGUAGUUCUUGGACUAAAAGCUGCCCAACUCGCGGCGCCAUCUGCUCUUUUUCAACUCGACGACGGAACAUGAACAUGUUCCUCUGCCUCCCACAUAGAGCAGAAACACUCAUUAAAAAAAGGGAGACAUUCAUCAGCCUUAUACAUCCAUUAUAUAUAUAUAUAUAUGUACAUAAUGUAAAUAGACCACGUUUUCAUCCCGUUUAACAAUGUACUCAAAAACAUUCACUGAAAACCAGCCAAAAGUGUCCGUUUUUAACAAACGUAUGACUAUAACUUUAGAGAAAAGCAGGACAGAGACGAUGUCAUGUGCCUUAUUUAAAGUCUCGGUUUUGUACUUACCGCAGUGCCUAAUGUGUCCUUUGUCUCGUCCACGUCUUUUGUCUCUGUUCAAUGUUUAUUUGUUUUAGUUUGUGUAUUCAUUAAUACAUACUGUACAUAUUCAUAUUUACACAAACAUCUAACAAAUUAUCUUUUGUAUUCUUGCAAGGGGGGGGGUGGGAAAAAUACAAUAAACCCCUUUUUUUAUUUACUUGA